UGUUUGUUAUUGCACAUCACCAACGAAAACGCCGCAACGUUUUGGUGCGGAAUUUUUUUGUGUGGCAAUUUCAUAAGUUUUGUAUUUAUAUUAAUAAUUAUACGAGAAAGCUUAUUGUUGUUGAACGCACAAAGUGCACUUGCAGCUACUAAAGCAACAUGAUGUACGACAAUGAGGAAGAGAUGUACGAGGAGGAGAAUGCGGAGGAAAUCUCGCACGAGUUGUGGCAGGAAGCCUGUUGGAUUGUGAUUAACGCAUACUUCGACGAGAAGGGUUUGGUGCGUCAGCAGCUCGACAGUUUCGACGAGUUCAUCCAAAUGUCUGUGCAACGCAUUGUGGAGGAUUCCCCAGCCAUUGAGCUACAGGCUGAGGCACAGCACACAUCGGGCGAGGUGGAGACGCCGCCGCGUUUCUCGCUGAAAUUCGAACAGAUUUACCUCUCGAAGCCAACGCAUUGGGAAAAGGAUGGUUCACCAAGUCCCAUGAUGCCAAACGAGGCGCGUUUGAGGAAUUUAACUUAUUCGGCUCCGCUUUAUGUGGACAUUACAAAGACAAAGAAUGUAGAAGGCCAGGAUCCCGUGGAGACGCAACAUCAAAAAACCUUCAUUGGCAAAAUCCCAAUUAUGUUGCGAUCCACUUAUUGUCUGCUUUCCCAAUUGACAGAUCGUGAUUUGACUGAGUUAAACGAGUGUCCACUUGACCCAGGUGGCUAUUUCAUUAUUAACGGCUCAGAGAAAGUGCUUAUCGCUCAGGAAAAGAUGGCAACGAACACAGUGUAUGUGUUUAGCAUGAAGGAUGGCAAAUAUGCCUUCAAAACAGAGAUCCGUUCGUGUUUGGAGCACAGUUCGCGUCCCACUUCGACGCUCUGGGUAAACAUGAUGGCACGUGGCUCGCAGAACAUCAAGAAGUCAGCAAUUGGUCAACGCAUCAUUGCCAUUCUGCCUUACAUCAAACAGGAGAUACCCAUCAUGAUUGUUUUCCGUGCUUUGGGUUUCGUGGCCGAUCGCGAUAUUCUGGAACACAUUAUCUACGAUUUUGACGAUCCCGAAAUGAUGGAGAUGGUGAAGCCCUCACUCGAUGAGGCUUUCGUUGUGCAAGAACAGAAUGUAGCCCUCAAUUUCAUUGGCGCUCGCGGUGCACGUCCUGGCGUCACCAAGGACAAGCGUAUCAAGUAUGCCAAGGAAAUUCUUCAAAAGGAAAUGUUACCCCACGUUGGCGUCUCUGAUUUCUGUGAGACCAAGAAAGCCUAUUUCCUGGGCUACAUGGUGCAUCGUCUGCUGCUGGCUUCGUUGGGUCGUCGAGAACUUGACGAUCGUGAUCACUACGGAAACAAGCGUCUGGAUCUCGCUGGACCGCUGUUGGCUUUCCUCUUCCGUGGUCUCUUCAAGAACCUGAUGAAGGAGGUGCGCAUGUACACACAAAAGUUCAUUGAUCGCGGCAAGGACUUUAAUCUGGAGCUGGCCAUCAAGACAAACAUCAUUACUGAUGGUUUGCGUUACUCUUUAGCCACAGGCAACUGGGGUGAUCAGAAGAAGGCGCAUCAGGCGCGUGCUGGCGUCUCUCAGGUGUUGAAUCGUCUCACUUUCGCCUCGACUUUGUCACAUUUGCGUCGCGUCAACUCGCCCAUUGGACGCGAUGGUAAACUGGCCAAACCUCGUCAGUUGCACAACACUUUGUGGGGCAUGUUGUGUCCCGCUGAGACUCCCGAGGGCGCUGCUGUCGGCUUGGUCAAGAAUCUGGCUCUGAUGGCUUACAUUUCUGUGGGUUCGCAGCCGUCGCCCAUUCUAGAGUUCUUGGAGGAGUGGUCCAUGGAGAAUCUGGAGGAAAUUGCACCCUCUGCCAUUGCGGAUGCCACCAAGAUCUUUGUGAAUGGUUGCUGGGUAGGCAUUCAUCGUGACCCGGAGCAGCUGAUGGCCACAUUGCGUAAACUGCGUCGCCAGAUGGAUAUCAUUGUGUCGGAGGUGUCGAUGAUUCGCGAUAUUCGUGAUCGUGAGAUCAGAAUUUACACAGAUGCAGGACGUAUUUGCAGACCUCUGCUCAUCGUGGAGAAUGGCACGCUGCUGUUGAAGAAGACACAUGUGGAAAUGUUAAAGGAGCGUGACUAUAACAACUACAGCUGGCAAGUGCUGGUUGCGUCUGGCGUGGUUGAGUACAUCGAUACGCUGGAAGAGGAGACGGUUAUGAUUGCCAUGUCGCCGUACGAUCUUAAACAAGACAAGGACUAUGCUUAUUGUACCACUUACACGCAUUGCGAGAUUCAUCCGGCCAUGAUAUUAGGUGUAUGUGCCUCCAUUAUACCUUUCCCCGAUCACAAUCAGAGUCCGCGUAAUACCUAUCAAAGUGCUAUGGGUAAACAAGCUAUGGGUGUCUACAUCACCAACUUCCAUGUGCGGAUGGACACCUUGGCCCACGUGUUGUACUAUCCCAUGAAACCACUCGUCACCACACGCUCCAUGGAGUAUCUGCGUUUCAGAGAGUUGCCCGCUGGCAUCAACUCGAUUGUGGCCAUUUUGUGCUACACUGGCUACAACCAGGAGGAUUCUGUUAUUCUGAAUGCUUCGGCUGUGGAGCGUGGCUUCUUCCGUUCGGUGUUCUACCGUUCGUACAAGGAUUCGGAGAACAAGCGUAUUGGCGAUCAGGAGGAGAACUUUGAGAAGCCGCACCGUGGCACUUGCCAAGGCAUGCGAAAUGCUCACUACGACAAACUGGACGACGAUGGCAUCAUUGCACCCGGCAUUCGUGUCUCUGGCGAUGAUGUCGUCAUUGGCAAGACAAUUACGUUGCCCGAGAACGAGGAUGAACUGGACAGCAACACAAAGCGCUUUGCCAAGCGAGAUGCAUCCACAUUCUUGCGUAACUCCGAAACUGGUAUUGUGGAUCAAGUGAUGCUGACUCUCAACAGCGAGGGCUACAAGUUCUGCAAGAUUCGUGUGCGCUCUGUGCGCAUCCCACAGAUUGGCGACAAGUUUGCCUCGCGUCACGGACAGAAGGGAACAUGUGGUAUUCAGUAUCGACAGGAGGACAUGGCAUUCACCUGCGAGGGUUUGGCACCCGAUAUUAUCAUCAAUCCUCACGCUAUUCCAUCUCGUAUGACAAUUGGCCAUUUAAUUGAGUGUCUGCAGGGCAAGCUGGGCUCCAACAAGGGCGAAAUUGGUGAUGCCACGCCCUUCAACGAUGCUGUGAACGUGCAGAAGAUUUCCACGUUCCUGCAGGAGUACGGCUACCAUUUGCGUGGCAAUGAGGUCAUGUAUAACGGUCACACAGGACGCAAAAUCAAUGCUCAGGUGUUCCUUGGCCCCACUUACUAUCAGCGUCUCAAGCACAUGGUGGACGACAAGAUCCAUUCGCGUGCCCGUGGUCCUGUGCAGAUUCUUGUGCGUCAGCCUAUGGAGGGCAGAGCUCGUGAUGGCGGCCUGCGUUUCGGUGAGAUGGAACGUGAUUGUCAAAUCUCUCACGGUGCAGCACAAUUUCUGCGUGAACGUCUCUUCGAGGUGUCGGAUCCGUAUCGUGUGCACAUCUGCAACUUUUGUGGUCUGAUUGCCAUUGCCAAUUUGCGCAACAAUACGUUCGAGUGCAAGGGCUGCAAGAAUAAGACACAAAUAUCGCAGGUUCGUCUGCCGUAUGCGGCCAAAUUGCUGUUCCAGGAGCUCAUGUCGAUGAACAUUGCACCACGACUGAUGGUCAACUAAAUCUUAUUACUUAUCACCUACAUUGUAAGCAUCAAUUUUGGGCGCUGACUGUGCUGUCCUAUUUACCAAGUAAUUAAUUAAAUUUACAUAAUUGUGACAACCUCAUUGCGGCAUCUCUACUUCAUAAAGCCCUUUGUGCGACGUCUCCAUUGUCUUCUAAGCUCCCCCGUGGCUCAAAGUGGAGCAAAUGCCUGUGCGGAAUUUUAAAUGGCAAUCCGAAAAAUGUGGGCGAAAGUCGACUCUCGGUCUGCAGUGGAUGCUUUUGUGUGAUUUUUCAGAAAGCCGCAGUGACGCAGUGAUUGCAAAAAUAUAUAACAAAUUCCCCAGAUUUUCUGCGCUUAACCCGAUUCCAGAGAAGAUUUAUUAAAAAUUAACCCAUUAGACAUCUCAAUGAGGUGAAUCACUAAUAGAAAUAUUGAUGUAAAGUCCCCUUGGGGUAUAUUUUUGUGUUUAAAUAUGUAAUUAAAGUAAAGCACAUACGCCACGCUCAUGUUA